UCCUCCGCCCCCACCUGGGAUCAAACCGCGUUUCUGAACAGGAAAGGCCAUUUUUCUAUGUUUUCAAAACCCAUUUGUUGUCUUUUCAUUUGCUCCCAAAACAUAUUUUAAAGAUUACUAUGUUUGGCUUCAAUUGAUCAAACACUUUCACAGUUGUCAUUCUUUGAUUGGUCUUUCCAUGUAAAAGUUUUCAAUUUCCUAGAAUUCAAAACCUCGUCCUUUUCACUUCUGCUGCUGCUUCGAACCCUCUCUUAGAUAUUUUUAACACGUUUCGAUCAUUCUAUAUAUACAAUUAACUGGAUAACACUUCUCUUUAUCGCUUCGUUAGUGCUUAGUUUGUAGAAAAUGCAAGAACAAACCAGUAGCCAUGGCGGUACCUCUUCUUGCUACAGAGGGGUUCGCAAGAGGAAAUGGGGGAAAUGGGUGUCUGAGAUACGUGAGCCUGGAAAGAAAGCUCGGAUUUGGUUAGGGAGUUUUGAAACUGCUGAAAUGGCAGCUACUGCUUAUGAUGUUGCAGCUUUACAUUUCAGGGGACGUGAAGCUAAGCUUAAUUUCCCUGAGUUGGUUAAUGAUCUUCCUAAGCCUGGAAGUUCCAAUGCUGAAGAUAUUCGCAUGGCUGCACAUGAAGCUGCGCUACGUCUCAGGACACCUGUGAAGGAGCCUGAAGUCAGUGGUGGAGGUGGUGGCACUGGCUGUGGCAGUGGUGGUGGUGGUGGUAGCUCGAAUAACGUGGUGGGUCCGGUGACUGUGAGGUUGUCGCCGAGCCAGAUUCAGGCGAUCAACGAAUCACCUUUGGAUUCACCAAAGAUGUGGAUGCAAAUGGGAAUGGUAGAAGAGUCAAUGAUGUUUUCAAAUGAUGCAGUGGAAGAUAAUGAAUGGAAUUAUAACAUGCAAAAUGAUUCUCUUUGGGAUCCUUAGGUAACGUUUUGCUUCCUACUUACAAAAUAAUAUAAUAUAAACACUUAGAUUACUUUUUUCUUUCUAAUUGUCAACUUCAAACCCUCAUCCAACAAUUACAAUAGGAAAAUAUAAUUUCUUUAUAGAAUUAAUUAUUAGUAGAAAACACUUAUCAAAAUCUAAUUCAUCAUGAGUCACUAUAUAGUUGUCUUUCUUAUGCAUAUUUCGAUAAAAUUAAAUUCUGAUAAAAUACUUACGGUUUGAGAAUAUAUUUUUCUAUAAUAUACAUAUUUUAUUAUUUUUUCAUAUUUAUAUCAUCAAAAAUUAAACUCUUGACUGAAAUUUUAUUAUUUAAAAAAAUUUUAUUUAUAUCUAAUUUAUCAUAGAUUUAUGAUAAAAUAUUUAUGUAUUCAAUCUAUAAAUAAGUUUUUCACUUUUCAUCUAAUAUAAGUCUUGAUUAGACUUAUGUUUUCAAUAUAGUAGAGGUAAGUGGUUAUUGAAAACUAUUAAUUGGUGGGUUUGCAUGAUCGACGAAUUGGGUUGCCAAAUAAGGGAAGGGGUUUCAAGGGAAUUGAGUGCUUGGUGGAACAAUAUCUGAAAGAGCUAGUUUGGGGGAAAAGAAGGAAAGCCAAUCCAUUGUGUAUUCUACCUUGUGGUUUUUAUAAAGGUGGAAGGUUUUAGGCGGGACCAGAAGACGAUUCAUGGAUUAGCCCAAGAGCCACCCACGAACUCUCCUUCUCUUACAUACAUACUUUUUGUCACCUUCUUUGUUGGUGUCGGUUUGUUUGUACUAUAAAUUGUAUUGCAAUAAAAUUUGUCAUUAUUAUUA